GACACAUAACCUCACACUGUCAAUUUAUGUUGCAGAGCCCAGUGGCAACGUCGGACCUGUCGCUCGACCAGUCGCUGUCAUCGGGCGUGGACAUGCGCAGUAGUGCAGUGCGCGUGGCCGGCGACUACACGAAGCGCAAAAACGUGCUGCGCAUGUCCACAGUGAAACCCUGCCGCUCGGAAUUUCUGAUUCAGGCGGAAAGCGGCGAAGAAUUCGCCGAUUGGGUGAAAACGCUGCAGCAGCAAGUCGCUGUCAGCACCGAGGCCGAUCUGGAGCAAUCGGGAGGGGGGAGACAGAGGGCGGAGCCGCAGGCCCCCCCCACCGGUCCGGCGCAGAGCAGCCAUUUGUCGCCGCAGCCGGCCAAUAAGAACGGCAAAACGUCGAUGGUGAGCCGCAAUCGAUCGCCCACCGGCCAAUCGCCGGUGAGCAAGACAAGGAAACCAUCAUCGCACAAUGACAGCGCCAUCCCCACCACCAGCCCCAAGAGUAAAACGUGGCGGGGCCGCGUUGCCAAGCAGUUCAAGAAAUUCAACCAGGGCGCCACGUCGCCAACGUCGCCCACCGCACCGGAAGUGUACGGGUCGACCUUCGGUAUCCCGAUCGAGCAUUGUAUCGCCUCGAACGAGAACGGAUUCCUGCCGAGGUUUGUCGAAGUUUGCACGGAAAUAAUCGAUGCCAAAGGUCUGGGAGUGACGGGAAUUUAUCGUGUGCCUGGCAACAAUGCCUCAAUCACGGCGCUGUCGGAGGAGAUCAAUCGGAAUUUUGAGGAGGUGCCGCUGGAGGAUGCCAAGUGGAACGAUCUGCACGUGGUCAGCAGCCUGCUGAAGUCGUUUUUGAGGAAGAUGCCCGACAGUUUGGUCACGUCCGCCCUCUAUCCGCACUUUAUCAAGGUGAGCUGCAAAAGUGGGGGGCGCAGUUGCCAAAUUUAUUUGAUUUGUUCCUGCAAAAAUCGAGCCCUUUCGAGUGCAGUUUAAGUUUUGCAAAUCCGA